GGAUCCGUGAGAAGUCCCCCUUAGAAGGCUAAUCGUAUGUUCUCUCGUUCCAACAUUCUCUACUUCCACUCUCGGGCGUUGAAACUCUCCCGGGGAGUCUAGAGAAGCACGGCCUUCUGGGAAAUGUAGUUCAUUUUAAAAGCUGAGACACAUGGCGGAAGUGGCUGGAGAGAGGUUGUUCCGGAUCGUCUCAGUGCCCUACCCGACCUAACCGGGUGCUGUCCUGGUUGGUAUUCGCUGGUCCUCUGAGUUUGUAGCUCGUGGGGUCGCAGUUUAUACUUUUGAGUUCUGCAGUUUUCCCGAAGUGCCCAGAAGAACCGAGGGCAUGGCUAUUGUGGAUGUCAACACUGUGUUCAAGGAGUUGGUGGUGUUCAGGGAUGUGGCUGUGGAGUUCUGUAAAGAGGAGUGGGAGUGCCUGGACCCUCAGCAGAGGUCUUUGUACAGAGAUGUCAUGUUGGAGACCUACGGCAACUUUGUGUCGCUGGGACUUGCCAUUUCUAAGCCGUCAGUAAUUUCACUACUGGAGCAAGGCAAAGAACCGUGGAUGGUGGAGCAAGCAGAAUGGUAUCCAGAUUUGCUGUCUGUAAAUGAAACUAAGAAUUUAUCUCUAGAGAGUGGCAUCUUUGGAAAGGAAUCAUUUAAAUGGAAAAUAAUAGAAAGAGUUGGUAAUUCUUGCCUUGAGGAAUCUUGUUUUGGAAAUGAUUGGAAACUUGAGACACAACCGGAAUCUACAAAGGAAUAUUUACAGGGAGUGACAGCCCCGUUGGAAAAGUUGUCAACUGAAUUCAUUCAUCCUACACCCAUUGCUCUAAGUGAAAUGACUCACUCUGAAACAAAACACAAUGAACAGGAAGCAGGUGAAACUAUUACUCAGCAGGUAAAAAUUCCUGCCGAUGACAAUGAAAUGUACGAGAACACCUUUAUCUAUUACACAGAUCAGAUAAAGCAUCAGCAGGAUUUUGCUGGCGAGAAAUGUGAUGAAUUGAAGGAGUGUAGCAGAGGAUUUGCGUAUGACUUCCAACUUGCCCCAUAUCAGAUCAAUAAGAAGCCCUAUCAGUGUGAGAUCUGUGGCAAGAUCUUUGAAAAGCAUGCUUACCUUGUUCAGCAUAAUCGCUUUCACACUGGUGAAAAGCCCUGUGAAUGCAAAGAAUGUGGGAAAGCCUUCACUAACUGCUCCCUGCUUGUCCAGCACCAGAGAGUUCACACGGAUGAGAAGCCCUAUGAAUGUAAACAUUGUGGGAAGGCCUUCCUCUACUUCUCGACAUUUUUUCAACAUCAGAGAACACACACCAAUGAGAAGCCUUAUGAGUGUCACAAGUGUCAGAAGGCCUUUAACAAGAGUGCAAAUCUCACCAGACAUCAAAGAAUCCACAGUGGUGAGAAACCCUAUGAGUGUAACUUAUGUGGAAAGACUUUUACUUGGGCUUCCAACUUGAAUGAUCACCAGAAAAUUCACACUGGUGAAAAACCUUACGAGUGUAACUAUUGUGAAAAGGCCUUUCUCUGUCAUUCAGCAUUCAUGAAGCACUAUAGAACUCACACUAAUGAGAAGCCCUAUGAGUGCCAGGAGUGUAUGAAGGCCUUUAGGCAGAAAGCACAUCUCAUCCAACACCAGAGAGUUCAUACUGGUGAAAAACCUUAUGAAUGUAAGGAAUGUGGGAAGGCCUUUGCUUGUCCUUCGUACUUUAAUAGACAUCAGAGAAUUCACACUGGGGAGAGGCCUUAUGAAUGUAAAGAAUGUGGGAAGGCUUUUAUUGAUUGUAAAACUCUUAUUCUACACCAGAGAAUCCACACUGGUGAGAAACCCUUUCAAUGCCAGCAGUGCAGCAAGGCCUUUAGGCAGAGGUCCCAUCUUACUCAACAUCAAAGAAUUCAUACCGGUGAGAAGCCCUAUGAAUGUAAGGAAUGUGGACAGGCCUUUACUCGGCUCUUACAGGUGAAGAAGCACCAGAGAAUACACACAAUGGGAGAAAUCUUGUUGGUGCACACCUGUACGCCCAGCACUCUGGAUCAAGUGGAUCCAGAGGAUCAUAAACGAAGGAUGCCACCUAAGCCUCUCUCACGCCGCGGGUCCCUUGUGCGCCUGCGCACUGCCUCACAGCCCCCCCACCCCCGUCCAGGAGCUGGGGGCGGGGCUCGCAGCCUCGGCAGGGCGGGGUCGCCCGGGACUUUCUGGUCUGAGACCAGAACCCCCCAGAGCCCUCAGUAUCACCCUCAGUUGCACGUCUGUGCCACCGCUGCAGCGCUGAGGCCCGGGUCACCGGUCGCUGCGGUGCCUGAGCACUCGCGACCCACCCUCCGCCCUAGUCUCUGUGAACUGCUUCUCCAGGGCAUGAUCCUUGAGGAGGGACAAGCCGGUUCUUGCAAUUCUAGAAUCAUGGCUCAUAGUGAGGUGAUGUUCAGAGAUGUGACUGUGAACUUUUCUCAGGAAGAGUGGGAAUGCCUGAAUUCCUAUGAGAGGGAUCUGUACAAAGAUGUGAUGUUAGAGAACUACAGCCACCUGGUGUCACUGGCAGGAUGUUCCAUCUCUAAGCCAGAUGUGAUCACCCUGCUGGAACAAGGGAAAGAGCCCUGGAUGAUUGUGAGGGAUGAGAAGAGAAGGUGGAGCCAAGAUCUGGAAACCAGAUAUAGCAGUAAAGUGUUAUUUGAAGAAAAGAAUCCUUAUGAAAUUAAUUUAUCUCCAUGGGAAAUAAUGGAGAGAAUUAAAAGGCAUGGCCUCGGAGACUCCUUUUUUGGAAAAGAAUUUGAAUAUAAAAUGUUUAAAGAGGGUUCUCACAGGGUAUAUUUCAGAGAAUUGACAAAAAUCACCCCUGGAAAAAGACCUAUGUACAGAAAACGCUCAUCUGUUGGUCUCUAUAAGAAAAAUCUUAACAGAGAAAAGCCCUACGAAUGUGGGGAGUGUGGGAAGGCUUUCAGAGUCCGCCAACAACUUACUUUCCAUCAGAGAAUCCAUACCGGUGAGAAACCCUACGAAUGUAAAGACUGUGGAAAAGCCUUCAGACAGUGCGCCCACCUCAGUCGACAUCAGCGAAUUCACACAUCUGAUAAACUCUAUGAAUGUAAGAGAUGCGCAGAGAUCUUCACGUGUAGCUCAGACCUCCGAGGACAUCAGCGAAGUCAUAUUGGCGAGAAGCCGUAUGAGUGUAAAGAGUGUGGGAAGGCCUUCAGAGUUCGAGGACAGCUUAGUCUCCACCAGAGGAUCCACACGGGCGAGAAGCCCUACGAGUGCAAGCAGUGUGGGAAGACCUUCAGGCAGUACGCGCAUCUCACCCGGCACCAGAGGCUCAACGGUGCUGGUGUGCGCUACAAGUGUAAGGCGUGUGGUCAGGCCUUCCUGUGCAGCACUGGCCUGCGGCUGCAUCACAAGCUGCACACAGGAGAGAAGCCGUACAGCUGUAAGGAGUGUGGGAAGGCCUUCCGUGUGCGGCAGCAGCUCACCCUCCACGAGAGGAUCCACACAGGUGAGAAGCCCUUUGACUGUAAGGAGUGUGGGAAGACCUUCAGUCGAGGCUAUCACCUAACGCUCCACCAGAGAAUCCACACUGGUGAGAAACCUUACGAGUGUAAGGAGUGUCAGAAGUUCUUCCGCCGUUACUCGGAGCUCAUUUCCCACCAAGGUGUUCACAUUGGGGAUAAGCCGUAUGACUGCAAGGAGUGUGGGAAGGCCUUCAGACUCUUCUCACAGCUGACUCAACACCAGAGUAUUCAUUUUGGUGAGAAGCCCUAUAAAUGUAUGGAAUGUGAGAAAACGUUCAGACUGCUCUCACAACUUACUCAACAUCAGAGCAUCCAUACGGGUGAGAAACCUUAUGACUGCAAGGAGUGUGGGAAAGCCUUUCGGCUCCAUUCAUCACUUAUUCAGCAUCAGAGGAUCCAUUCUGGAGAGAAACCAUACAAAUGUACCGAGUGUAAGAAGGCCUUUAGACAACACUCACACCUCACCUACCACCAGCGAAUUCACAAGGAUUCUUAAGGAUUCAUUUAAAAAAAAAAAAAAAAACUUCUUUUUUUUAAAAAGAUUUAUUUAUUUAUUAUGUAUACAGCGUUCUGCCUGCAUGUAUGUCUACAUGCCAGACGAGGGCACCAGAUCUCAUUAUAGAUGGUUGUGAGCCACCAUGUGGUUGCUGGGGAUUGAACUCAGGACCUCUGGAAGAACAAUCAGUGCUCUUAUCCACUGAGCCAUCUCUCCAGCCCUCUUAAGGAUUCUUUUAAGAAUCCUUCCAUUGCAAAUGUGUUAAGGGUCAUUAGAAAAUUCUAGAAGAAAAAGGUUUUAAUCCUUUUUUGCUUCGUGUUCACAAGUAAUGGCAUACAUGAUUUCAAUCAGAGGAAAAAAUGUUAAACUUUAGGAAAUUCUCUCUCGAAUGGAAUUUCAUGGAAGGAGUGAAUGUAUGAAAGCUAUCUAUAUUGUAUACCUGAGCACACAGCCAGGGCACCAACUCAUUUUUAAAAUUAAUAAAUAAAAAGAACUGUCUGUAUAAGUUGUAUCUCAAAGCUA